CAAGCUAGAAAAUUUCUAGAGACUCGAGAACUUUUUAUUUUGCAGCCGAUUGACACAUUCGAAAACUUUGUCAUACGACAAAUGUAACGCCAGCCUUAAGUCGGUGUCGAAAGUCAACGCGCAAAGAAUUUUAGACGUAUGUCGCAUCCCUCGCGUAGUAUUGCGAGGCGACACGCGUAGAUUCUUUGUGCGUUGACUUCCGACACUGACUUACGUCUUACGACGGGAUCGUAAAACGGUUACGGCAAUCUUCCUGCCCAGGCCCUUUCCAUGCGCGUGUCGGGGAAAAUUAAAUCCGGCGAAUUUAUGCCGGUUUUUACGGCGCCGGUCGAAGGCGUGGGAGACCGCGUCGGUCUUUCUCCCGGGGAAAAAUUUUGACAGCUCCCAAUUAAUCGCGCCAAAUUACGGCAAUUUGUCGCUCGUUCUGAAUACGAGGUGUAAGAGGUGGGAAAAACGCAGAUUCUGCAGCUGCGCGCGAAAGUCUCUCUAAUGAAUGCCGCGGAAUGAGAUUAAUCACGUUUUAGGGACGACUGAAAAUAGACAUAGACAUGUGUGUUCUCUUAUAUGCGCUAUCCGUGUACGUUCGGGGGUUGAAACAGCUCUUCGAAAUAAAUUCGGUGUAUUUGAUCUUCAAUGGGAUGCGAUUGAGACCCCGCGGGACAUGAAAAUAUGUUUCGAUGCAGCAAUGGAGCUCACUUUACUCCGCUUUAUUUUAAACUUGGAAAUAGAGGAGGGAUAUUUAUUAUAUACCUGGAAAGAACUUGAAGUUAUCUAUUUCUUUUUAGUAUUUGCUACUUCAAGUGAGUUUGAAACUUUCCCUUUCACCAUCAUGUGAGAGUGGAAGCUCGGAUAAUAAUCAGGUUUAUGUUAAAGUUGCGCCUAAGAACGCUGCAACUUUGUCUGGAAAUUUCAGCGCUCAAAGACGCCUUCGCAGGAAGAGCUCAGAGAAUUCAAGUCCGAGCAAAGGUCCUGCUGUAUAUUAGCAGAAAUACCGCCCUCAGUAUUUUCUUCCAAGAGGCGGCGAUACCUUCCUGCGCGCAAGGAGCCGGCACCCACUUCGGCCAAAUAACACCAUGCAACACGCCAGCCACCCCGCCGAAUUUCCCGGACGCGUUGCUGGCGUUUUCCAAAAUGUCUGCAGGCGAAAAAACUCCAUCGGGGAUGUCUCCGAGCCAGAAUGGAUUUCAGGCGGGCGCGACACCGAUGGCGGGCAUCGUGCAGCACCACGCCGCCGGUGGCCGGUGUAGCGCGUCCGGCAACACGACACAGCAACAGACGCAAUCGCAACAGACACAAUUCGGCCUGGGCGAGCCGCAGAGAUAAAAAUGACUGUGCUAAUUGGCGUAUGCGCGAGGCACGAAGCGUCGUCGCGUGGACACCGCGCGACAACGUUUUUUGGAGAACAAAGUAGUGUGCUCUAAGCAUGGAAGAGUGAGAAGGAAGGAAGAGGGAAGUGAAGAAACGUAUAUACGGGAAAGGAGAGGAGCGCUCCCCCCCGUGUCUUCUGAGAAAGCGCGUCCUUCCGUUGGAAGAGAACGAGGAGAAAUUCGCGGGAUUCGCGAGAUCGCAGCCGCGCGAGGACCUCUUCUGCAGAUUGGAACUGGAUCGCUAGAUUACGUUAUUCACGUACAAUAAGCGACGUGCGAACGCGCGAAAAAGUCCGGGCGUUGAUUCCCCCAAUGAUAAUGAUGAGAGAGCGACGCGUAUUUCGAUCGUUGGAUCUUCUCGGGUUCCUCGAGACGUCUAGCGUAGAAGUAGUCCGCUGUAUAUGUAUAUACUCGUAUAUACGUAUAUGGCCAAUACGAAACGCGAGCGAGGAAGGAGAGACGAAAGAGUCAUAUCGAAGAGCCUUCUUUUUUCCUCUCUGACACGUCGAGAUCACCUCAGUAGGCGGUCCAAAACGGUCCAAGACAUCGACAAUUUGGAUCAAUCGCAGUUGUGAGAGAGCGGCUCCAAUCUGACUUCCUAAUCUCCCUAGAAGCUAUAGACACGUGACUGUUUCUCAGAUUCACCGUACACCACCGUUAGACCUAGAGGAUGAAUUUCCGCCAUCACUUCCACACCACAGUACAAAAGAGUUGCGAGGGUACAGUUUCCUCUCGGUUAACUUGAAAACUUUACUUUAUCGCACCCUUUCGCGGAAGACGACGGGAAAAACGUACGUAGUCCUUAAUGUAGACGGAAGACGAAUCGCUACUGCACAAUGUCCCCUCUCCGCAGACCCAUUCAUUUAACCGAACUCGAGUGUUUUAUUACGGAUCUUUUCGCUGUUAUCUUAAACUAGUGAUGCUUGCGGCACGCGCUACUCGCGCGACGCGUGCCAUUUCCAUAAGAUAUUUCGAUGGUAUAAAUAUAUAAAUAUAUAUAUGCGUAUAUAUAUACGUAUAUAUACAUAUAUAUACCUAUAUAUACGAGGCUAAGUAUAAUAAACGGAGCUCUAACGUGUAAAAAUUUGUAAAAAGAGUAAUCCCGAGUUAUGUGACAUUCGUUUUACAUAAUAAAUAAUAACUAUGUAAAAAGUAAGUAAAAUGAAACCGAGGAAGCGACAAGAGUAUAAUAGUCUGAAGGAUGAUUGAUUCAGGGGAGCACAGUAUGCCCGGUGAGGAAUUCUUGAUUCGAUUGUUUCGGCUACUCGCGAAUAUACUAGAGAUUACUGCCUGGUUUUACGCAGCACUUAGACUUGACGAAGUUUCAACAAAAGAACGCUCUUGUAUGGCAGCUGGCAAUACAAUUCUGAUAUCAUAGUAUAUCAAUAUCCGAAUAUAUGGAACUCUGUAUCUUUCAUUAUAUUUCUCGUAACAUACAUGGACGAUUAUUCGUAUGUACUAUAGAUACAUAUUUGUUUCCAUUAAGACUCUAUUUAUUCGAUGUAGCAGCGAAUUUAGUUUCUCACAGCUUUUUAGAAGUCUGUUUCUAGUUUGAGGCUCCUGUUUCUCCUUCGCUGCAACCUCAUUGAAUUAUGAUAUUGGAAGUGGAAAAAUCGUGUGAAUUUUUUCCUUUCGUUACAUUAAAUAAUACAUUAAUUCUUUUGUGUGCUAUUAUUCACAUUAAAUAUUAUAGAUUGAUCAAAUAUACUUCAAAAAUUUUCUUUCGUUUACUAUUUUACAUUAUUGCAUAAAUGUAAUACGAAUGUGUUUAAAAUAUUUAAUUAAUCGAUAAUGUCAAAGGUACACGUAGGACUAGUCUAUUGUAUUACAGGAAAAAUAUUCGCAUGACUUCUGGCUGUGUGUGUUAACGUCAUAAUUUGAUACGGCUGUAGUGCGGAAAUAGGAUCCUCAACGUAAAACAACUGAGAAUUCUUUAUUCUUUAUAAUCUCUCGAUAUAUGUGACAGUAAAGUGUCUUUGCGCAACACGGUAUAUUCGAUCCUUUUUAUUUGUUAAUCAUAAGUAGUCUCGAUCGGAAUAAAAAUUUUCAGUCCAAGCUUAAUUUGAUAAUUUAACUUUCACGCAAUAGUAUCCAGGCGUCGUAUAACUUUGUUAAUGGGUUUAUGUAAAUAAAUAGUAGAUAUUUAGUCGUAAGAAAAGAAAAGGUACUUUGCAAAGUACAAGAUAUUUUUUCCAAUAAGGUACACGCUUUAAUAUCUUCCUUACGUUUGUGUACUGGCUGUCUAGGCUGUAUUCAAAGAUGAUACAAAACUAUCGACGAAGAACGAGAGUGUUUUGCUAUGUUGAAAUUAUGAUGAUUAUUGUUUAUUUGACUAUUACAAAGACAGAUAAUGGUCAUGUACAUAAUUCUGAAAAAUUAAAUAAAAUAUUGAUAAUGGUG